AUGAAGGGUCCAAAAUUUCCAUGGCCUUUCUUAGAAAUGCCAGCUUGGGUUAAUUGCGAUUCUCUUCUUAUUGCAACAGAAGUUUAUAAAGAGCAAUAUGUGGAACCUUUACCUAAUGAAGGGGAUGUAUAUGUAGGCUCACCUUGGGGAACAGGAAAAACUCAUACCUUAGAACACCUUACUAUUCACGAAAGUAUAAAUUUGCUUGCUUUAUCUACACGACAUACUUAUUCUAGUGCUGUCACUACAAGGCUGAAUCUCAAAUCAUACUAUGAUAUUGAUACUAAAGAUAUAAACCUCCCAGAUCAUCAAAGAGUAGUAUGUCAAAUAGAAAGUCUGCAUCUCAUUACCAAUAAAUAUAAAUGCGAGAAAAAAUAUGAGUGUCCUCCAAUACCAUAUGAUUUAUGGCUAGAUGAGGUAGUAUCUGUGAUUAGUCAAGCCCACACUCGCUUAGCAGGUCGAUUAAGAGAGCAUUUAUAUAAGUUAAUUCAUGAAGCGAGGCGUAUUAUUGUUAUGGAUAAUGACCUUACUGACCUUAAUAUAAAAUGGAUUAAAAGCCUUCGUAAAAAUAAACCCUUCUCAGUUAUCCACAACACUUACCAACCCCAGAAAAGUAAAACAUUCCGCUUAGCAUCUAAUAAAGAAACUGUAUUAACCGAACUUUGGGAUUGGGCAAAGCAGAUGUCUUCAUUACCUUUCGAUAAACGAAAAAGUGCAUCACUCAUCUGCCACCUCAGAAAAGAUAUGCAAGGAAUCGUUCGUGCUCUUAGGACUGAUUUUCCUGGGUUACAUAUUAAAAAUUAUCAUGAUAAAUCCGAUCCAGUAGAAAAGGCUCGUGAUUUUAGUGAUGUAGAAGAAGCAUGGAAAGAGGUGGAUCUUCUUGCAUAUACUAGCACUUUAAAAAUAGGCAUUUCUUGCAUCAAUCCCAAGUUUGAACGAGCAUUCUGUCUCUUUAAUAGUUAUAUAGAAACAAAUGCUGGGACUAAUCAGAUGUUAUUCCAUAUGCGAAGUGUUAAAGAUUAUAUAUGUUAUAUUGAGCAAAGAUCAUCAAAUGUUCCAAUUACAGAAGAGGGGUUAUUUAAUUGGUUAUUGAAAGCAAAGCGAGAAUGUCUUCCUCAGGAACUCCAGAAUAGGGGGUAUUUUCAAAUGUAG